GGUUGAUGACGUAUAUCGGUACCCGGAAAUUUGAAUCUAGUUGAUUUCCUUUGUAGGGGGGUUAUUUGGUUUCUUUCAAGCUUGUUAGCAACUGGAAAAAAAGAUGCAAUUGGCAUUGAGUAAAACAUUUGGCCAGAAGCCUAUCAAAUUUCAGCUUGAACAGGAUGGGGAUUUUUACAUGGUUGGUUCGGAGGUGGGGAACUAUUUGCGUAUGUUCAGAGGCUCACUUUACAAAAGGUACCCAUCACUAUGGAGGAGGCUGGCAUCCGUUGAGGAGAGGAAGAAGAUCGUAGCUUCAUCUCAUGCUACAAGUGUGACUCUGCUCAAGGCAUCAGAGUGUGAGGAGAUCUUCGAGGGUAACGAUGAAAAAUAUAAAGCUAUAUCCAUCAACACGGAACCCCCAGCCUACCUCCGGGAACAGAAGGCAAAGCGGAGCAGCCAGUGGGUUCCCACGCUACCCAACAGCUCCCACCACUUGGACGCCGUGCCGUGCUCCACCACCAUCAACCGCAACCGCAUGGGUCGGGACAAGAAGAGGACCUUCCCCCUAUGCUUCGAUGACCACGAUCCUGCGGUGAUCCACGAGAAUGCAUCCCAGUCUGAGGUGCUGGUCCCCAUUCGUCUGGACAUGGAAAUCGACGGGCAGAAACUCAGAGACGCUUUCACAUGGAACAUGAAUGAAAAGCUGAUGACCCCGGAGAUGUUUGCAGAGAUUCUGUGUGACGACCUGGACCUGAACCCCCUGGCCUUCGUUCCGGCCAUCGCCUCGGCCAUCCGGCAGCAGAUCGAGUCCUACCCCACAGACAGCCUCCUGGAGGAGCAGGCCGACCAGAGGGUCAUCAUCAAGCUGAACAUCCACGUGGGGAACAUCUCUCUGGUGGACCAGUUCGAGUGGGACAUGUCCGAGAGGGACAACUCCCCCGAAACCUUUGCCCUAAAGCUGUGCUCGGAGCUGGGUCUUGGUGGAGAGUUUGUCACCACCAUCGCCUACAGCAUCCGAGGUCAGCUCAGCUGGCACCAGAGGACGUACGCCUUCAGGUCCGAUUUCAGUGAGAACCCACUGCCUACUGUGGAGAUCGCUAUACGCAACACAGGGGACGCCGACCAGUGGUGCCCGCUGCUCGAGACCCUGACUGAUGCAGAAAUGGAGAAGAAGAUCCGAGACCAAGACAGGAACACAAGACGCAUGCGGCGGUUGGCCAACACGGCGCCAUCCUGGUAGGAUGGUCAGGCUUCUCCUGGAACAGGACCUGGUUCGAAUGGACACAAAACAAAGCAUUAACUCUGAACGGACCGCUCCACACACUGAACCACACACCCUGGUCAUCCACCUGAGGACGGCUGAAGAUGAGACAUUCGGGCGUUCCCGAAAAGCACGACGUUUAUAAAUGAAUGUCGGCGUCGAGUGUCAGCACGUUUGCUGAUGCAGCCUGUAUGAUAUAACACACAUACACAUACACAUGAACAUACACUAAACAUACACACACACACAAACACACACACAGGGGCAUUCCAGUGGUGGUUCAAUAUAUCUUACUUUUCAUUAUUUUUUACUGAUUUGGCUACGGAAGUCUGCACAGUAUAGAAGGGUUAUCUAAUUUAGGACCAAUUUUAGGUGGCGUUUACUUAGCAUUUUGUUGACUGUUACAGUUUUAUUAGCCAAAUCAUACACACCUGCCUCACUCACUACUGGUCAUGUAAAAUGAUUUGUGUUGCAAUUUGGUCAAGUUAAGAGGCGUCUGAAUCAGGGUGGAUGCAUACUAUAUAAAAACCUAUUGAUUUGUGACAGAUGUAGGCAGACUGAUGUAUUUUAUUCAGUUGGUAAAACUGAUAGAAAAUAUCAGGCCAGAACCAAUUGUGUCUUUUAAGCUAAUUGUGUUAAACUUGACAUACAGUAUGUAAACGUAUUUGAUGUUACUGUUAUCCGUUCUUUUCCUCAUUUUUUGUAGUGUCGGUUUUUUUUAUAAUAAAAAAGUUACUUGAAA